AUGCAGUUGCUAAUGGGUAUGAUCUAUGGUUUGAAAAAUGACUCUGAUAGAUUGUUAGUGAAAUGUUGCAAAAAGAAUAAGUCACCAUCUUGCCCUUUCAGACUAUGGGCCUCCUGGAUGGGUAAAGAAAAGACUUUUCAGAUCAAAUCUCUAGUGAAUGAACAUAAUUGUUGUAGGGUGUUUAAGUUUGGGUCAAUUGUAACUUAUAGAUGGAUAGGGAAACAUUUUAUGAGUCAAAUUAUAGAGAACCCAAAAAUGAGUGCAAGGAAGAUGAAAGCUAAAGUGUCAACAACAUUCAACAUAAAUGUGAGUGUGGGGCAAUGCAGAAAUGCAAAGAAAUUUGCAUUACAAGAGAUUGAAGGAAGUUUAAUUGAACAUUAUGGGAGAUUGUGGUCAUAUGGUGAGGAAAUUAUCAGGUCAAAUCCUGGGUCUACUGUGAGAUUGGAUGUAGACAUCAUGCCAGAUUCCACAACUUUGUUUUCUAAGUUUUAUGUGUGUUUCAAAGCUGUAAGGGAUGGUUGGUUAGAAGGGUGCAGGCCAGUAAUUGGGCUUGAUGGUUGCUUUUUAAAGGGUAUAGUUAGAGGAGAAGUUAUUUCAGCUGUUGGGAGAGAUGCAAACAACCACAUCUACCCUUUAGCAUGGGUUGUGGUAUGUGUUGAGAAUAAAGAAACAUGGAAGUGGUUCAUAGAUUUGCUUAUGGAUGACAUUAAUGGUGGUCUUAGUGCAGGCAUUACCCUUCUUUCUGAUGGACACAAGGGGUUAUUACAAGCAGUUAAGGAAAAACGUCCAGAAGCUGAACAUAGACAAUGUGCUAGACACAUUCUGGCCAAUUUUAAUAAAAGGUUUACUGGUCAACAAUACAUAAAGUUAUUUUGGAGGGCUGUAAGGGCUAGUACUGUGGAGAAGUUCAGAGGUGUAAUGGAGAACAUCAAAUCUAUUGAUACUCAUGCUUAUGAUUACCUUAUAGACAGAGAUCCUACUACCUGGUCUAAGGCAUUCUUUCAAGAAGGAAGAGACUGUGAUGCAGUGGAGAAUGGGGUCAGUGAGAGUUUCAAUUCUGCUAUUAGGCAUGCUAGAAGGAGACCUAUAAUCACUAUGCUGGAGGAGAUUAGGUUAUUUGUGAUGGAAAGGAUAUACACUCAAAGAGUUGAAGGAAUGGAAUGGGAUUUGCUUAUAUGUCCAACUAUUAGGAAGCGUAUAGAACAUCUGAAGGUUAAACAGAGAUUGUGGGGAGUUACUCCUUGUGGUUAUCAAAAGUAUGAGGUUAGAUUCACUGAUGUUGCAUAUGGAGUGGAUCUAAUUGCAAAGAAGUGUGCCUGUAGAAUAUGGCAACUUACAGGGAUACCAUGCUUACAUGGAGUGGCAGCAAUAUCUUACUUAAAUCAUGAUGCUGAGGCAUAUGUGUCCCAAUCAUACACUACUGAGGCUUACCUAAAAUGCUACAAAUAUAGCAUUAAUCCUCUCAAUAGUAGUGAAAUGUGGCCAGAUGUUCCAUACCAUAAGCCUUUGCCUCCCAAAAGAAGAAGAUUACCUGGUAGGCCAUCUGUGAAAAGGAAGAGGGAUGCAAUUGAACGAGAGUUGAGUGGAUCAAGUAGACAAACUGUCUCAAGAAGGGGUAGCAUAAUAAAGUGUGGUAUUUGUAAGGAACCAGGUCACAACAAGAAAAAGUGUCCAUCUAACCAACAAAGCAAUACAUCAGUACCAAGUUCAUCCAGGGGCAGUGGAGCAGACCCAAGUUUAUCCAGGGGCAAUGAAGGACCACCACCUCCUCCACCACCACCUGCAGCCCAACAACCUCCUCCACCACCACCUGCAGCCAUGCCAAGAAGAAGGGUCCCAGUUAGUAGAAGUGGAAGGAGGAAAUAUUCUGAACGGAUUAUCAAACAAGCAUUAAGGAGGCAGAUACCUGGGGUUGGGAGCAAUGCAGAUAACCCUUCAGUUAUUGAUUAA